GAUUGCUGAAAUUCUAUCUCCCUCUCUCUCUCUCUCCUCUUCCCGAAAUGGCUAAAUACUAAUCGCUACUAAUACGGCUGUGUAUACAUAUACAUAUCUUCCGGUGCAAGCUAUUCUUCAAGUCUCUCAAAUGCGCGGAUCUGUUUCGGUGAAUGCGGAAUCGGCGUUGGUUGGUGUUCUCGGAGGUUGACCACAACUUCUGAACCAAAGCCAAACGAAGUUGUCUGCCGGAGAUCGGAGAUGCUUGACGGUAUUCUCGGCCGCGGUUUUAGCUCUAAAUGUAAAUCGCUGAUAAAGGCCACUAGAUCGCGAAUUGAAUUGGUGCGGCGGAGAGCGGAAGCGAGGCAGAGGUUUCUCAAGGAGGACCUUGCGAAAUUGCUCGGUAAUGGACUUGACAUUAAUGCCUAUGGAAGGACUGAAGAAUUUAUGGCUGGCCAAGGCCUCUUAUCAUGCUACGGUUUUAUUGAUUUAUCUUGUGAGUACAUAUUGAAGCAGCUCCCAAACAUGCAAAAACAAAGCUUUUGCCCUGAAGAAUGCCGAGAGGCUGCGGCGUCCCUUAUGUUUGCAGCGGCAAGAUUCUCUGAUUUGCCAGAAUUACGUGAUCUCAGGGAUCUAAUUCGGGAGAGAUAUGGAAGUGAAAUAGAAUGUUUUGUCAAUCAGAAGUUUGUAGAGCAAUUAGCUUCAAGAACAACUGCCAUGGAGAAGAGAAUCCAGCUACUGCAAGAUAUAGCCUCAGAAUUUCAAAUUAGAUGGGAUUCGGCUGGCUUUCAACAGAGGAUGGCAUCUGCAGAGGGAAAGCUAAACAAGAUUGGACCUUCACACAGCUCUGCUGAUAAUUACAAUCUUGGUAGCCAAAAGGACAGUGUCUCAAAAACCAAUGUGCAAAAUGUUUUAUCCAAAGGAAAGCCUGAUACUUAUAAUGAUAAACAGAUAAGGAUCCAAGGCAUCGGAAAUGACAAGCUGGAUGAUCAUUUGUUUGGGAGGAAGGAAAACGCUAAUGAACAUAAACUGAUUGCCAACAAGGAAGGAAGCUAUUUAAUGACAGAAAAGAAUGAUUUUGUAGUUAACAAAAUGGAGGAAUUGACAGUUGGCAGAGACAGAGCUAAGAAAGAGAGGAGUGAUAAUUCCCAAUGGACAUCAAAAUCAGGCAAUUCAUCACGCAUUAGAGGGAAAGAUGGUGUCUAUAGUGGGCAUGAAGAGCAAGAAAGGAAAAUUUGUAACCCUCACGACAUUCCUAAAGUGAAAAGCUUUGGUGUUUUGUCCCAUGGACAAUUAGUGGCUUCAAAUUUUACAGGGCUCACUAGUGGUGAUGAUGUCUCUUCUACCAGUGACCCUAUCAGUGAAAAGAAGAAAGUGAUCUCAAUAGGAGAAAGUCAGGAGGACCAAGGGAAUAGCUUAAAAUCAUAUAACAGCUAUGCUCGUCCCCCACCCUAUGUCAAACCAAAAGACAAAACCAUUCCCCCUCCUUAUGUUAAAGUGGGUGAUACCAAAGGCAAAACCAGUAGAGGAUCUGAUCAUUUUGUUUCCGAAUUCAAUAGGCAUUUCACUGGUCCUUCCCACGGUAAAGUUGAUGCAGCUAGCAGCUCAGAGGAUAUCCGUAGAGGAUCUGAUCAACCUGACCAGAAUGUGGAAAAUUUUGAGCCUACUGGAAAGAAUAGUCAUCGUCAGGAGAGAGAAUUUUCUUAUGCGGAUGGCAUUCCCUUACCAAAACCAAGAUCUGUUAGGAGAAAGCAUCAUAAAUCAUCAAGAAAUAAUGAUGAUGCUGGAAAUUCUGAAGAUGCUAGGGUUGUGAAUAGAAGUAAUCGAAGAAGGGAACAUUCAAAAACAGGGCUACAGGUCUUGGUUGAUGAUAGGCACCACCGAAGAGAUGACGAGGAAAGGAUGAUAGAUAAACUCUUGAUGCACUACAGUAAGAAAUCAUCCAACUAUGACAUAGAAAAGUUAAGGAAAAAGCCAGAAACUCACGGUUCACACCUGAGAGGCAGUGAUACUGAUAAAUCCUCACAUGAGAGGAUCAGAAAAGAUGAAUGUGAAAUAAAUUCUGAUGUACCUCCACCACCUACAAGAUCUAUUUCUCUUCCACACGAACAAGCUACUCCUUCAGAGACAAAAAAGGUUUACAUGCGUGCCAAUUCCUUUCAGCCUGACAACCAGGCACGUCAUGUCCAUCCAAAAUUACCUGACUAUGAAGAUUUGGCUGCCCAAUUUGCUGCCCUGAGAGGAAUAUGAAGGUGGCUGGCCAUCUUGAGAGGAGAAACUAAUCACUGAUAUUCCUUGUUGACCUCCAAUCUUUGAUUCUUUGGGUUCGUGAGUUAUAAAGUGGCGUUAAAAAUCACAAGCAAAUACACGAGUACGACUUUCUUUCGUGAAUCUGCAUUCUUGAGUGUAUAAGUAUUGUUUACCAUUCAGUUUUACUGAUUGUAAAGUUGAACAAUUCAUGUAACAUUGUCUCCAAUGCCCCAUCUGUACUUGAGAGUUGAAAUUUAGAAUGUUCCACAGCUUAUUAGUCAAUGUUGAAUGAGACCUCUGCC